AGGUCUUUCUACUUUCACUUCCUUCAUUUGCCUUUCAAGAAACACUUGAAAAGCCCAGCAAACUUUUAAAAAUUCACAUUUCCCAGUCAUCAACCACAUUGCCAGAACUCAGCUCCUGAGGCGAUAAAAACCAUGGAGGAUGAUCAUAUUCUUCUCCCACCAACUGGUUCUACAGGACAACAAGCAAGAAAUUCUUGCAGCCGGGGGACUGCCUACACCAUCUUCUCUCUCCUGGGGGUCUUGCUCCUCGCUGGCCAGGCUGUGACUGUCUACUUUGUGUAUCAACAUGACAACCAGAUCACCAAGCUGACCAAGAACACCCAGCAACUGAAACUGGACUCCCUGACCAGCAGCAUCUCUAAAAAGGUCCAAAGACCAGGCCCAAAGAUGGCAAUAGCUAAUGUGAUGCCUUUGGGUCUGAAUGAACCGGAGUUUUUGAAGAUGGAAAACAAGCUGACUAACAGCACCGAGGAUCAAGUCAAGCGCCUGCUCUUGCGAGAAAACCCAAGCAGAACUUUUCCUGAAUUAAAAAGCACCUUCCAGGAAAAUAUGGGACACCUGAAGAUCCGCAUGGCUUACGAUGACUGGAAGGAGUUUGAAACCUGGAUGCACAAAUGGCUGAUCUUCCAAAUGGCCCAAAAACAGGACACCGAAGAAAAAGGGAAAACCAAGUGCCAGAAGGAAGAAUGUGUUAAGGGUGUCCACCCAGGAAGAUUCUGUGCCCAUUGUGAUGGAGAGGGGAGCUAUCUGCCUAUGCAGUGCCAUUCCAGCAGCGGCUAUUGCUGGUGUGUCUACAAAAAUGGCACAAUAAUUGAGGGCUCUAAAAUCCGUGGACGUCCAGACUGUGCUGGAAUAGCUGGUCACACUGAACCACCAGUCCACCUCACUCACCACCUUCCCCCAACAAAAGCCCCCCAAGGAGGCAAUUUGGAUCCUGAGAACGUGACCUAUUCUGGAGACCAAAACUGAUGGAUCUCUUGAGAAAAUAUGAAACAAGGAGGUCAGCACAUUGGCCUAAGAAAGCCAAAUUCUCUUCAGCUUGUUUCACUUUUGCUCUGCUUGGAUACUGAUUUCAAGAAUUACUGUAACGGCAACCUGUUUCUAAAUUUAUUAGUUUAAAAAUUAUGCUUAAAUGGAAAGGAGGGAAGGGUGGAAAGUAGCUUAAUUAUUACUGUCAACAAUGCUGAGUGCAGAAUUACUGUUUUAGAAAAGUGACCUAUGCUUAUCCAGGACUUUAACAAAUGAGCAAGAAAUUUAGAUGUUUCCCUGAAUAAUCAAUUCAUACCGUCCGAUUUUGAUAGUUAAUCAGUUGAGAAGAUCACUCAGUGCAAAUAUUUCAACAUCAAUCUUGUUCCAUGUUCAUUUGCCAUCAAACAGGAAUUU